ACAGCAACACCACCACACGACCACCAUCAACAGCACGAUGGAUGAGGCAGAGUUCAUGCGGCGGCUGGAGUCGUACCCUCCACUGACGCACUUGAAGGGCGACACAGCAAGCACAAGCGCAAGCAGUACACGGUCAGCGCUGCCGUCAGCGAAACAGAAGGCCCAGCGCCAGCAGCCAACACAGCAGCAGCAGCAGCAACAGCAGCAAAGGCCGCAAGCCACCACUUCAUCGUCAGAAGUUUGCGUCAAGGUGCAAGGAUUGCAGCCCGCCAACACCCGGCAACUCAACGCCACAUGCUUGAAGACAGAUACAGUGGAGGAGCUGAAGCGUCUGUGGAAGUCUCAGACCAAGUUCAACAAGCCUGUUCGCUGCAUUUUCCGCGGCCGCUGCCUCCCAGACACAUUGCCACUGAGCCACCUUGUCAUUGGCAGCAACGAGACACUGUACAUGAUGCCAGCGAACGUGAAGUCAGCGAAGCGCCCGCUUCCGUUUGAUGAGGAUGAGUUUUGGCCGAUGUUGAAGGUGUUUUGCGAGGAGACGUACGGAACACAGCGCGCAGCGACAAUGAUGGCAAAAUUCAAGCAGGACUAUGCAAAUCGGCCCGUACAAUCGUGAACACCACACCAUGCACGCGUACGUACACGUGCGUACACGAGUGGUUUGCAUGGCAAUGUAUGACUGUGUGUCUGGUCUGUAUUUCCGUGACAAUAGAGCUGUGAUGAAAUCAAAACGCAACAAUGAAUGGCACAUGGAAC